AUGAUUUCUCCAUCCUCAAAGCUUUCAAAGUUACUGAACAACUUUAGUGACUUUUUGUUUGCUUUUGCCGAGAGUCUCAAUCUUCCUUCUUCUUUUCAUGCUGAGUUGAGUGGCGUCAUUAGAGUUAUCCCCGUUGCAAAGAAUAAGGUCUUGCCGUUGCUCUGUUUCAUUUUUUUUUCUUCUGCAUUCUCUUCUUCUCCUCAAUUUUUUCCAUUCAUUCUCUGUCAUUUAAUCUCAAAUCUUGAUUCACAUAGGGGAAAAUCGAAAAACAGAUCGAUCUCCAAUUGUUAUACAACAAAAGGCGUGAAUGAAGUAAUGGAGUCUAGAGGCGGUAAGAAGAAGUCUAGUAGUAGUAGUAGUAAAUCCUCUUUAUACGAAGCUCCUCUCGAUUACAUCAUUGAAGACGUUCGACCUAACGGUGGAGUAGAAAAAUUCAAAUCUCCUGAUUACUCUAACUGCACCCGCAAACCCUCCUGA